GCCGAAGGAGAAGGAAGGGAGGCGCGCGGCUCCGGCGGCCAUGUGGUGUUACUGACAUCAAGUGGUAGAAGUUGCUGUGGGCGAUAGUGCUGUGUCCACUCCCGAGCAUGCUUAACGAGACUUGCAACGCGAGGCUCAGGAGUGGAAAGCGAGUUUAGAAUGUGAGAGUUCGCGUUGCGAUGCGCGGGACACAAGAAGGACAGUGAGCCCGAGGAAGGACAUUGCGUUGCGAGAGAGGACGGAGCAUGUAGUGUCGGAUGACGGCGGUGUGCAAGCGGCCCGAGCGGGGCGAGGCGUUGUUCGAGCGGCCUGCGGGCAAGGCGGCCGCGGCGCAGGAGACCUGGGGCGGCGCCAACAUCCUGGAGGCGGCGGUGGGCGGCAGGGCGGGGGAGCUGGACCGCCCGCGCCUUGACUACCUGUCGCCCAUGGUGGUGAGCGAGAUGGUGGAGGUGCGGUGUCCCCUGGUGGUGGGCGUGAGGGAGAGGCUGGAGCCAUGCUCGUACCUGGGUGGUCCCGGGGUGCCGGGGGGCAGCCCCAUGGUUUCGCCGCGCUCCUCGCCGCGCCACAGCCCACGCUCCUCGCCCAGGGUCAGCCCCAGGGCGUCCCCGAGGGCUUCCCCCAGGGUUAGCCCGCGCUCCACGCCCCGCCGCAGAUCGCGCGCCCACUCCAGGGACGUGACCCCCCUGGAGGAGCUGGUGGUUGUGUCCGUCCCCUGCAGGGAGCUCAAGCCACACAGAUUGCGACAACACAGAAACAGUCAGCGUGUCUCCAAAGUGUCUGCGGACUGUCGCACGACUGUUGUGAGACAAUGGAGAGAUCUCAUUGUGCGACUUCGUAACGUAAGUUUCGUGGAUAUGGUGAACGGUGGACUUCUAAAGAACGAAAUAGUCAACGGAUUUAAUGUUUCAUAG